GGAUGGUUCCUAUUGUUAGAGGGACUUAACACCUUUUCAGAGUUAAAUCCCUGAUUGUGCGUCUCCAACAGGAGGUGGUAUUAAAAUGCGCCUGUAACAAAUGGGGUUUUGGAGAAGCUGCUACUCCGUGGGCGGAGCGAGAUGACACAACAAUUAAAGAUGAACUUUGUGUGAACUAAUUUCUGUCGCCAAGCCAAGGUAACAGGAGGCCGAGACCUGUAUAAAAAGGCCAUAGAAAACACCCAGACUUUCAGUAGCAAACAAACUCUUGCUCCACCUAAAAGUCCUCACACGUUUAUAGUUGGUUUGGUUACGCGACUCGUUACGCGCACUAGUGCGAUGGCUUUGAACACGUUGGUGGCGACCCUUUUGUGCACGAUUGUGCUUCCAAUCUUUCUCUUUUUAAUCGCGGUGAAGUUAUGGGAGGUUUAUUUGAUCCGUGGUCGGGAUCCCAGCUGUCGAGCCCCCCUCCCUCCUGGGUCCAUGGGUUUACCUUUCAUUGGCGAGACGCUCCAACUCCUUCUCCAGAGGAGAAAGUUCCUGCGGAUGAAACGGCAGAAGUAUGGAUGCAUUUACAGAACGCAUCUCUUUGGCAACCCCACGGUGCGCGUCAUGGGAGCGAACAACGUCAGACACAUUCUGCUGGGUGAACAUAAACUUGUCGCGGUGAAGUGGCCCGCUUCCGUCAGAACUAUUUUGGGAUCGGACACGCUCUCCAAUAUGCACGGGACCCAGCACAAAAACAAGAAAAAGGCUAUAAUGAGAGCGUUUUCCCGGGAUGCCUUGGAACACUACAUCCCGGUGAUCCAGGAGGAGGUGAGGAGCGCCGUGAGGGAAUGGCUGGAGAAGGACUCAUGCGUUCUAGUCUACCCCGAAAUGAAGCGCCUCAUGUUCCGCAUCGCCAUGAGGAUCCUCCUGGGCUUCGACCCGGACCAGAUCAAGACCGACGAGCAGGAGCUGGUGGAGGCGUUCGAAGAGAUGACCAAGAACCUUUUCUCCCUUCCGGUCGAUGUCCCCUUCAGCGGCUUGUACCGGGGAUUGAAAGCCCGAAAUUUAAUCCACUCCAAAAUCGAGGAGAAUAUCCAGAAGAAAAUAGACAGUGGAAAAGAGGUGAAACACAGAGACGCGCUACAACAGCUGAUAGACAUCAGUAGGAACAGUGACGAGCCGUUCAGCAUGCAGGCAAUUAAGGAGUCGGCCACAGAGCUUUUAUUUGGAGGCCAUGAGACCACUGCCAGUACAGCCACCUCACUGGUCAUGUUCCUGGGACUCAACCCCGACACGCUCAACAAACUCAGACAAGAACUGCACCAGCAGGAGGAACUCGGUGUGGAUCUGCUGGGGCAGAAUGUGAACAUUGAGGUGUUGGAACAGUUAAAGUAUACAGGCUGUGUCAUCAAAGAGACGUUGAGGAUAAACCCCCCUGUACCUGGAGGCUUCAGAGUGGUGCUGAAGACAUUCCAGCUCAAUGGUUACCAGAUCCCCAAAGGCUGGACCAUGAUCUACAGUAUCUGUGACACCCACGACGUGGCCGACGUGUUCCCCAACAAAGAGGAGUUCAACCCGGGGCGUUUCAUGGACAAAUCCUCUGAGGACUCCUCGCGCUUCAACUACAUCCCGUUCGGAGGCGGCUCCAGGAUGUGUGUCGGAAAAGAGUUUGCCAAGGUUCUCCUGAAGAUAUUCCUGGUAGAGCUGACACUGCAAUGUGACUGGACUCUGUCGAACGGCCCCCCGACCAUGAAGACCGGCCCUACGGUCUACCCCGUUGACAACCUGCCCACUGUGUUCAGCAGUUACAGCCGUACCUGGUGACAAACAAAACACGCCUCCAUAUUAAAGCUAUGAAAUUGUAAAUAUAAAAUAUUGUAAUGAGUUUUAGAUUAAAUGAUUCAUACUUGAUAUGUGAAAAUACACAAGAGUUGUGUAUAUCUUAUGUUUUAUAGAAAGAAACGACACUCUCUCAUUCCAUUAAGGUGUCUGUACAUUUGUUAUAUAGCUUGUCAUUAUUUAUAUUACACAUUGUUGUGUGGGUUUUAUUUAAUAAAAACAUGUUUUGUCAAUAAA